UGGCGUACUGACAACGUCCUCGCGCGUCCGACGUCCGCAGCAGUAACUACUGAAACAAACCCUAGUGCGUCCGUGUCAGUUACAAACUUAAUCUUGGUGCUAACUGUGCUACUACCAGUACUUGUGUCAUGGAUUUUCUUAUACAUUCCUGAGCAGAGUUUUAUGCAGCCCGCACCAUGGAUCGUUGAGUACGUAGAUUGAUCAGUAUUACAAAGAUGUCUUAUGAACUACAUUAAAAGGAACAGGCCUAUCUCCAGGAGUCGAGUUUUGAAUUAUUAUAAUGAAUCAACAUCCAAUUACUUCCUCUUAAAACGUGAGAUGAUCGAGAAUUCUGCAGAAUAAAAUCUAGAAAUCCGAACAAUAUUCAUGACAUGAUGAGAAAAGAACUUGGCCGUGUUUUGAUAUUUAGUCUUCAUCCUAGAUGGAAUCGCAAACUCAUUUUCUUCUUAGAACAUUUUACAUUAUAAGACCUUAUGAGCUACACUUUACAUUUCAGUCAUUAAACGUGCUAAUAUGAAAAUAAAUCGAUUCACUGUCAUCUAAAUCUUAUUAUACCAAUGUUAAUAGUUUCUUGCCCGAGAAUAUGUAGUGCAAUAUUAUUAGUGUUAUCAUUCUAUACAAUUUGUAAUUUAAUGUUGUAGGCAUGGACUAUAUACUUAACGAUUGACAUCGUUGAUAGACACUAACGACUUCAUUGAUUGAAUCAUCGUAUGGAUUCUUAUACUGAGUUUUCAUUCGCUAAUAAUUCUACUGAUUUUCAAAUCAAUCUUUCUGAAACUCUUGCUCCUUCUUCAUCCAAUUGGUUCCCCGGGCCGUCGUCCCCUUACACUCCCUUCAAGGCACUGAUCAUCGGCUUCGUCUUGAGUUGUGUGAUCCUAGUGACAAUAAUCGGGAACAUACUGGUCUGUGUGGCUGUCUGCUUGGUGCGCAAGCUGCGUCGUCCCUGCAACUACCUCCUGGUCUCCCUCGCCGUCUCCGACCUCUGUGUCGCCAUCCUCGUCAUGCCCAUGGCGCUCUUGUAUGAGAUCCUCGGCCGCUGGAACUUCGGCCCCAUUGUCUGUGAUGUCUGGGUAUCAUUUGACGUCCUCUCUUGCACAGCUUCCAUCCUGAACCUCUGCAUGAUCAGCGUGGAUCGCUAUUAUGCGAUCACUAAACCUCUGGAAUACGGUGUCAAGCGCACACCAAGAAGAAUGAUUGCGUGCGUGUCCAUGGUUUGGCUGGGAGCCGCCUGCAUAAGCCUCCCACCCCUUCUUAUUCUAGGGAACAGGUACGAAGGAGGCGAGCACUGCUUAGUAUGCCAAGACUUCGGAUAUCAAAUAUACGCUACAUUACUCUCCUUCUACAUACCUUUAGCGGUGAUGAUCUUCGUUUACUACAAGAUAUUCCGUGCGGCGAGGAAAAUAGUUCUGGAGGAGAGGAGAGCUCAAAGUCAUCUGGAGACCUCACAUUGUUACCUGGAAAUCAGCGUUAAGAACGGCGGGGGUCCGCCGGAAGCCAAGCUGGCUCCCAAUGUGUCAACAGGAAGUUCACCAGCAGUCUCCACUCCGGCUACUUCCGGGAAGCAGCACCAUCGACCGAGCACUACCAGCACUAACACUACGGUAAAUUGCAGCGGUGGCCAGAACCACUCAGGUGUUGUACCCGUCACGCCUAGCAACUCUAGAUGUUUCGCACCUCGCCGUAGCAACGAGUCUCAAUGCCCAAUGCUCCAAAGCGCCUCUAAAACUGUCCGAAAUAAGCUUCGGGGAGCAGCUCGGAGACAGCGGCGUGGUGGUGUCGGGGAGGGUGAGCAUGCCAGCAACGGGUCCUCAGUCGCCCACACCAAGAAGUUGCGGUUCCAGCUGGCCAAGGAGCGCAAGGCAUCGACCACUCUGGGAAUCAUUAUGAGCGCAUUCACAAUCUGUUGGUUACCCUUCUUCGUGCUGGCCCUGGUGAGGCCUUUCCUCUCCGACCCUGACAGCAUUCCUUCCUCACUCUCGAGCCUCUUCCUCUGGCUGGGGUAUGCCAACUCACUCCUCAACCCCGUCAUAUACGCCACACUCAAUCGGGAUUUCCGGAGACCCUUCCAACAGAUUCUGUACUUCCGGUGCGGCUCCUUGAACCACAUGAUGCGAGAGGAGUUCUACCAGUCGCAGUACGGGGACCCCGAGCCCCAGCACCAGUACUGUGUCGUGGGAGGCAGUCCCGAGCGGGUGACAGAGCACCAGCUCACAGACGAGGUCGGCCAAGAGGACAAGAAGGGAGUCGAGUCGUUCCUAUGAUGUAGAGCGCCGGAAACGUUCGGUGUCAUUAUAAGACAUUGAAUCUGUGUUAAAACAGAUAAUUAACACAAAAAUGACAUUUUGCAUUUGGCCAUCGCCAGGCAUACAUGUGAUAUCACUCCAUUGACACAACCUCAAUGUUAAGUUUUUAAUUAAUGUAAAGGAUGGCCUAAAGGGAACUUUAGUUUCUUUUCCCCUUUAAGGUAUUUUCUCUAUAGAAUGUAUAUUCAGUGUAACUUGUAAAACAUGGCGCAUUCUCAAAAAGCUCUCACAAUGUUUUGUAUGUAAUACAUAAGUUAAUUAAGUGUUAGAUAUGAAUAAUUUUACGGCUGUCAUAUGUCUCUGACAUAUGUUAUGGACUAUUUAGUAUGAUAAAUAUAUUGUUCAAUAUACACAAUCCUGAUUAGCACCUCAAGCAGACAAAAGAAUUGAUCUAUUGUAAAGUUUCUAUUCCAAUGCCCAACACGUUUUUGAAUAAUAAUUGAUUUUAUGUGUUCUGACUAAAUAUGCAUAUGAGAUCUUGGCAACCAUCUCGAAUACGUACUAUUAAUAAAAAUGGCGUUAUUAGUCUACACUCAAACUUCUUGCGUAUUUUUUUAACUGUCUUUAAUGCGUAUUGUAGGACAUGUUUAUGAAUUGUACAUUUUUACAUCCUUUAUACGAAUUAAAUUUUGAAACAUUACUAAAAUUAUAUUUUUCCUUUCAAAUUAAACUGUAAUGUCAGGAGCUAUAAAUUAAAAUCUGUUAAAAAAUAACUUUAAACGGACCCUUGCAAUAAUAUUUUUACAAUCAAUAAAACUCUACACGAUGCCAAUAAUACUUUAAACGUUUUUUAUUAUUGAAAUGUUAUUGAUAGUAAACCAUGUUUGUAUCAGAAAUCUCUCGCGUUGGUUUCAAUAUAACAUAAUGCUAUAUUAUUGCCAACAUACAUUCCUUCUUUUAGAGAGUUGACGCUGUAGUCAUGUAUUAUUGUAAUAAACCUCAAUAAGUAAUUUUAAAAUUUUUAUUAAUAAAAUGUAUAGUGGUCUCAUCCAAUCAUCAUUUAUAAACAAAGAAAUGAUUAAUUUUCGACAAUUGUAAAUACAAAAUGAUAGAAUCUUUCUAUGAAUUCCUUAAAUGCUCGUUAGAUCUACAGUUUAAAAAGUAUGACAAAUUUUUAAACACUUAAUAUUACUCUUAUUGUAUUAAUUUUUGUAAUACUUUAUAUAACUUGAAGUAUAUACGCAAAAUAUUACUUUAAUGUUUCAAUAUACUAUGAAAUAGCAUAAAAAUGUCGUUCUAGUCCAUCUGUUAGUUAUACAAUAUUUAAGAUGUUUAAUGUAUAUUUGUAUGAUCUGCAACAUGUGUGUUAUAAUAAGAUGUUGCGUGUUUA